CCAAGUUGCGAAAUUUACACUUGUCAGAAAGUUUCAUGAUUCAAACUGUGAAUAAAACGGAUGAAUCAUAGACGAGCCCCCCCCCCUUCAUUCCGGAUCUGUCACCUUUCAAGGAUAAGACUGGUUGUUCAACGGCCCUCCAGCCGUAUAGUAUUUUUUUUAUUAAUUUUCUUUUUAUAUUUCAAGUAGAAAAUUUGCUAUGGUUGGUCCCAAGCAGAUGGGUCACUCGGGUCAGAAAAAAUAACCUGCAAGAUCCCAUCGUUCUGCAUCCUGCAAGUGUUUAGCAGCAGCAAUAAUGAUAGGUCGCAUUGCCUUAUCCCAAGUUCAAAGAUAUAUUAAAAGGUGGGUAUUCGGCGAUUCGAAUUUCCUCAAAUUAACCACUCAUCGAGAUCUAGGCAGUUCAUUUGUCAAUCAUCGAAACCUUUUUCGGCUCAUCACAAUGUCCUUGUCCUUGUACAGCUGUCAUUCUUCCCUUCUCCUCAGGCCCUAAGAUCUCCUCGAAAGACAUCAACUCCCGGCGUCGAUCAUGUCAGUGGUAGAAAUAAGCCUGUCAAUUUUACCUGAACGUCGUGGCUUGCGAGGGGGGAUCGGUAGUAGUUGAAACGGACGGUGAGCAGCUAAUCAAACAACUCAAAGUUACUUCCUAGAGCCUGGAAUAUUACCCUUGAAUGUUUUGCCCUAUGUAUUGCACAUUUCAAAGGGUCGUUCGAAAAAGGAUUCGAUCUCCAUGAAUUCAGCUUUUAGGUCUCCACAUUGCGAAUUUUGCUGAAGCUAAAGUUGUGUAAUAAUGCAAAAAAGACCUCGGUUCAAUCGGUCAGUGGCACUAUCAAAAAGCAAGACAUGUGUGGAUUUGUAACCAGCUUUACUUUACUUGAGUC